AUGACAAUGACAUCCCCAGCUGGCUCCUUUGGCUCUCUUCUGUCCCUUCUUCUGCGACAUCAGGUGGUCAUGAGAAAAGCGUGGAGUGAUUUUUCACUGAGGAGUUGCCAGGGGUAUGAGAAGUUGGGGUUUUCCGCUCUAAGGCUGCAUAUCAUCAUAUUGCUCACGGGGCCUCUUCUUCAAGGGCUGCAUGGUAAGCAGGAACCUCUUUAUUAUGAAACAGUAAUCCCUAGGAACCUGGUGAUGUUCCGAGAACUUGAACAAAAAUCAGAAAAAGUAUCUUACAUCCUUAUAAUAAAAGGAAAACGGCAUAUUCUUAACUUGAAGCAAAAGAAGGGAUUGUUUGUUAAGAACUUCCCUGUCUAUACGCAACAAAAGGGGAAAGUAGUCUUGGACAUGCCUUUCAUACAGGACGACUGCUACUACGAUGGGUACUCAGAGGGUGACACAAAUUCUCUGGUGACAAUCAGCACUUGCUCGGGACUAAACGGAAUCCUGACCUUACGUGGCACAGUCUUUGGUAUCAAGCCUAUAUAUGCUUCAAAUAAAUUUGAGCAUCUGGUAUACAGAAUAUUUCUAAAUUCAAGUGGGUCCUGUGAAGUCAGAGAAGAACAGGAAGAACUCUUAAGCAAUUCACACGCUCAGAGCAGACUAGAAACCUCAGUCCCUACGGCCAUGUGGUCCUCUCAUAAGUAUGUAGAAAUGUUUAUUGUCGUUGACAACAAGCGGUUCCAACUGUGGAAUAAUAAUGUGACCAAGACAACACAGAUGGUAAUGGAUGUCCACGCUCUGGUCAACAGGUACAUGAAAGAGCUAAAUGUGAAAGUAGUGCUUACUGGGUUAGAGAUCUGGACAGAGAACAACUUAGUGCAAGUCCCUCUCAAUCUGCAGGAUAUGCUUCAAAAUUUUAACCAAUGGAGAAUCUGGCAUCUUUCACAAAGGGUGAAGCAUGAUGUUGCUCACAUGAUUACUGGUCAAAACCUUGGAAAGGACCAGGGAUAUUCCUUUAUCAGUGGCGUUUGUACUGAAAAGAUGGCAACAAGUGUUGAAGCUUUCUCUCAUGAAGAUAUAAUCCAUUUGGCAGCUCUCAUGGCUCAUGAACUUGGCCACAACCUGGGAAUGAAGCAUGACCACACGGCUUGCAAGUGCUAUGGCCAGGACCUCUGUACCAUGCAUGAAUUUAUUACUGUUGAUAGGGGCUUCAGCAACUGCAGCUUCCACUACUUCUACCAGCUGCUGCAUAAGCACAGAGGGGACUGCCUGUUUAACAAACCUGAGCUCCGAAGCUCCUUUGGAAAGUCCUAUUGUGGGAAUAAGAUAGUGGAUCACGGAGAAGAAUGUGACUGUGGCAAUGCCCUUGACUGUCGGAAGGAUCAUUGCUGCUUGCCUUCAUGUAAGCUAAAGAGAGGCUCAGAUUGUGCAUAUGGAUCUUGCUGCAAAAACUGCAAAUUUCUACAGGCUUCCACCCUCUGCCGCCCCAGUGUGGAUGAGUGUGACCUCCCAGAGUACUGUAAUGGCACCUCCAAGUGGUGCCAGGCGGAUACCUACAAGCAAGAUGGCACCCCCUGCAAAAUACAAGGUUACUGUUACCAGGGCCAGUGCAGGAGCCUUAAGAAUCAGUGUGUUAAAAUCUUUGGACAGGGCACUAGAGUGGCCCCAGAAAAUUGUUAUCAUUAUGUGAAUACCAAAGGAGAUAAGUUUGGAAAUUGUGGCAGUGAGUCUAAAGGGAUAUUUAAGGUCUUCCGCAAGUGUGAGGCCAAAGAUGUCAAAUGUGGGAGGCUGCUGUGUGAAAACAUCCAAAGGCUCCCACGUGUUGAUGAGCAUCACACCCUUAUCCAGUUCUCUGUGGAGGGCACAUGGUGCUGGGGUGCAGAGUCUUCUAAGGCAACAAGUAAGGGAGAUGAGGGAGAUGUGCAGGAUGGGACUCCAUGUGGUCCACAGAAGAUCUGCAUCAAUCAAACCUGUUUAGACACCUCUGUGCUCCUUCACUCCGACUGCAACCUGGAAAAAUGUCAUGGAAGGGGUGUUUGCAACAAUUUAAAAAACUGCCACUGUGUGUAUGGCUACAGCCCCCCGACGUGUGAAUCUGAAGGUUUUGGGGGCAGUCUGGACAGUGGCCCAGCUCCACGUGUCCCUUUUGACUUGAACUAUGGCAAAAUGCUGAAAAUCUUCAUCUGGCUCUUGCCUAUCUUUUUACUUUUCUUGAUUCCUUCUAUUUUUUUGCUUGUCUACAGUAAUAGGAAAUAUAAGACUAAUGUCAGGGCAAAAAAUUCAUCAGAGUAG